AUGCGGAGGCUGACAAUUGUCCCACUUUUGGCAGUUUUAUGCUAUGCACAGGAUGCAUCAGAAGCGUGUACGAAGGCGUUGACGGAUUGUGAAAACGACUUGGAAUGCCAGAAUCGAUUGGCUCCGUUGAUGGCAGCUUGCUCAACAGGAACGUGUCAACCGCAAUGCAGAAGCGCUGUUUUGAACGUGUAUCAAAAUAAGCUCGGCCGAGUUCUUCUCCGUUCCGAUGCCACGUGUAUUCCGGGACGAGACGAGUUGAGGACCUGUAAUUUCCUGCCAGCCGAGUCUACAGUACACUGUAGUCUGGGAAAGCUGGCGUGUGAAGGAGAUUUGCAGUGCAAUUCGAAGUUCGGCGUUUUCAUGAGCGAGUGUGAAGCUGAUGCGGCAAGAGGUGUUUGUUCGGAAAAAUGCAAAACCCUUCUGAAUCAGACAAUCGAAACUUCCGUCGGAGCAAUUUUCUCGAAUUGCACAUGCACCGCCCGUGACGAUCAAUUGUGCACUAAUUUGAAGGAUAACCUGUUGGGCGUUUGUUUGAAGAACACCCCCGGAGUCACACUGUCACCAUCGGACAAUUCCAUCACAGAUGCUCCAGGCAACGAUUUGGCCGAUUCCUCAUCUUCCUCCUUUAAAAUUCUCACCGCUGUCUGCGUCUACAUUUUUACUGUACUAUAUUUGUGA